UAAGAAAAUGCAAAUUAAAGCUUGAAAUCAGUAUGGAAAGUAAAAUAUUUCUUGUGAUAGGAAUACUAGGCUUGCUUGCAGUUGGCUCAUUGGAGACCACUGAGUCUCAAGACAUUCCUACUCCAAUUAUUAAGUUUGAUAGCAGCUACUUCCCAGAAAAUUUCAUAUGGGGAGUGGCUACAUCUUCUUAUCAGACUGAAGGUGCGGCAAACAAAUUCGGGAGAGGACCUAGUACAUGGGAUACAUUUGCGCACGAGUUUCCGGAAAGGAUCGACGACGGGAGCAAUGGAGAUGUUGCGGUCAACUACUAUGGUUACUACAAGGAAGAUCUGAAAAGAAUGAAUAAGCAACUGGGUGUAAAUGCUUUUAGAUUUUCCAUUUCAUGGACAAGAAUAAUUCCUAGUGGGAGAUUAAGAGAAGGAAUCAACGAGGAAGGGAUUGCGUUUUAUAAUAGUGUUAUCGAUGAAUCCUUGGCGAAUGGCUUGAUACCUUUUGUGACUCUCUUUCACUGGGAUGUUCCUCAAGCCCUUGAAGACAAGUAUGGUGGCUUCAGAAGUUCUAACAUAAUAGCGGAUUUUAAGGAUUACGCGGAACUUUGCUACCAGAGAUUUGGGGAUAGAGUGAAGAACUGGAUUACUAUUAAUGAACCAUAUGUUUUUACUGUUCAUGGCUAUGAAAUUGGCGGUUUGGCCCCAGGAAGAUGCUCAUCUUGGGUGGAUAGAGCAUGCCAAGCAGGAGACUCCGGAACUGAACCUUAUAUCGUCGGCCAUCAUGUUCUCCUUGCUCAUGCAGUUGCUUACAGAGCAUAUAAGGCCAUGGGUCAAGAUGGCGAGAUUGGAAUAACACUGGAUGUAACAUGGCCAGAACCUUACGAUUUCAGUUCCGCAGCUGAUCGCGCAGCAGCUCAAAGGAACCUUGAUUUCUCGUUUGGUUGGUCUAUGGAUCCUUUAGUGUAUGGUCAUUAUCCAAGAAUAAUGCAAGAACUAGUUACUGGAAAUAGAUUGCCUCAAUUCAGCAAUGAAGAAGUUGUUUUAUUGAAGGGAUCAUAUGAUUUUAUUGGCAUUAACUACUACACUGCAAAUUAUGCUUCUACCAAUAUUUCAGCUGAUCCUGAUCCAACUCACAUUAGAUAUGCAACUGACAGUCAUGUUAAUUUGACAAAAUACAGAGACGGCAAACCAAUUGGUGUUCAGGCUUCCCCAUCUUGGCUAUAUGUUUUCCCAGAAGGAAUCCGGUAUGUGUUGAACUAUACCAAAGAUGCAUACAAGAAUCCAGUUAUUUACGUUACUGAAAAUGGAAUUGGUGACGACAAAAAUCUCUCUCCGGAAGAUACUCGUAAAGAUAUAUGGAGGAUUAAAUAUUUUAACAUCCAUCUUUGGAAUGUGCUUAGAUCCAUUUGUGAUCACGGUGUUAAUGUGAAAGGCUACUUUGCUUGGUCAUAUAUCGAUAAUUUCGAGUGGUCAAAUGGAUACACUAUUAGAAUGGGUUUAUACGGUGUCGAUAGGAAAAAAAGCCUAGCAAGAUUUCCCAAGGAUUCGGUUACUUGGUGGAAGGAGUUUCUGAGUAAAAAAGCUUCCUCUGGUGGUCCUAAAUGCUGGCUUAGAAAAGAGGAAACUCAGGCUGAUGAUUUCGACGACGAGUUGUAAUAACGUUGAUUUUCAAGUGUACUGAGCUAAUGGAAUAGUCUUCGGACACCAUUUUAAUGAAAACUAUGUAUGAUUUUCAAAUAAUAAAGCUUACUGGAAAUAAAAUAACCUCUUUUGGGGUUUACCUUUGUUGUGAUAAA